AUGCAAACGCGGGUGUAUUGGUUCGACACCCAGUUUAAAUUAUACUUCAAUUGUCCAUCUCUUAUCGAACUAGUGUUGGGACCUGUCUCGAACCAAUCGGCAUUGACCUUGGCGUGGGGUCUUGAAUUCAUAUUGGAUAAAGACGAGAUCGAUGAUUUAGUGCUGUAUAUAAAGGGAUAUUAUAAGUUAGCGAUUGGUUCGGAAUUAUUGUGUACAUAUUGUGAUGUAACAUCAGAUGACACUUCGAAGCCAUUCGUGCCAUUUAUGUCGAAAGAGGCGAGGAGUAAAGAUUCAAUUUUAGCACCUUUAUAUCGCUCAAUUCAUACGGUCUUUUCAUCUGGCUGGAACUAUUCCAUAGAUUGCUCACCAGGUGAGAAACUCGUGAAUUUAUCAUUGGAACCGCCAUCUUAUAGUAUUGCUGUUGCGACUUGUCCUGAAGUAAAACAACAGCACCAAUCACUUGAUCGUACUGGUGAAACGGAACGUUUCUCGAGUUCGAGUGAUACCGAAGAGACUUCGUCACGACGUGACAGUGGCUUAAAUAAAUCCGAAUAUCAUCGCAAAACUUUAGCGAAACAUCAAAAUAAUUAUCGAACUUCAUUUGAUUUCGAUUCAACGAACCAAUUGACGUCUACUGAAAGUUCUGAUCUUCUCAAUAAGAAGAAUGAUGUCAAUAAAAUUUUGAUGUCAACAUCAGAAAAGAUCUGUCUUGAUGCUGACUUGAUUGAUUUAACUGCCUCAUCGCUUGGUGAUGAUCGUAUUCACACUUUUGCCACUCGAUCUGCCUCUGAUAUGUCGUCGUUAAGUUCGGAAGGUUUGAAAUAG